AUAUCACAGUGAGCUAGAUAGCAGGAAUAGCAGACAAGCAGCUUCAUACGCCUCCAGCUAAAACUUCGAUUUAAAAUUAUACUUCAGCAAGGAAUUUAUCUUCUUUUUUGUGCUGAACGUUUUGUCUUCGAAUCCGCCAAACCCUUUGGGAAUGAUGAACGAAAACUACAAUGGAGUAGAGCCCCAAAAGGGCGAAAUGGCGCCCAAAGCUAGGACAGAAUCUAUUGAAUCCCUUGGCUCGAAAAGCGAAUCUAGAGGCAACUUGACACAACAGACUGAGGAAAGUGGUGAUCUUGGUCAAGUCAAAUUCACCAAGAACACUGAUGAAUCUGCAGUUGAGAUUGGGACUGUUGAUGUGGCUUUUGCUGGCAUGGGCAAGGAAGAACUCAUGAAGUUUGCCAACGAUCCAUUCUGGAAAAAACUUCGAUGGACCCUUUUUGCUUUAUUCUGGAUUAGCUGGUUUGCUAUGUUGGUUGGUGCUAUUGCCAUUGUUGUGCUAGCUCCCAAGUGCCCUGCUCCAGCUCCACUAGAAUACUGGCAAAAGGGUGUGGUAUAUUCUGUCAAUCCUAAAUCCUUUCAGGACAGUGGGCCCAAUCAAGAUCAAGAUGGAAAAGGAGACUUGAGAGGAAUAAUGGGACGAUUGAAUCAUUUUGUUCACCUGGGUGUCAAUAUGAUCUCAAUUUCUCCCAUUUUUGCGACAAGUAAAGAAAAUCCACCGUAUGGUCACGAAAUUGUCAAUUUCCUUGAGAUUAACCCAACGUAUGGUAACCUUCAAGAUCUCAAAGACUUGAUCACAGCUGCAAAACAGGAGGGUUUGAAAAUAAUUUUGGAUCUCGUGAUGAAUCAUGCAAGUACCAAGCAUCCUUGGUUCAUGCAGUCGGCUGCAGAUGCCAACGGUGACUGCGGCGAUUGCUUUGUCUGGCAUGAUGGGAAGAAUAGUGGACCGCCCAAUAAUUGGCUAAGCAUAUUUGGGAACACAUCAUGGACGUUUGAUGAGAACAGAAAGCAAUACUAUUAUCACGUUUAUGGACCAGAUCAGCCUGAUUUAAACUUACGCAGUGUGAAAGUGCAAAAUGAACUGAAGAACAUAACCAGAUUUUGGCUAGAACAAGGCGUGUCUGGUUUCCGACUCCUGUCCGUUCCCUAUUUAUAUGAGGCGGCGAAUAUGACUAUGGAUGAACCACAGGUUCCUGGAAUCUCCCCCGGACCCUACGCGUCGCUUGACCAUAUUUAUACAAAGAAUCUUGAUGAAACGUACAACUUUGUCGGUGAUCUUCGUGCUAUUCUGCAAGAGUUUGAAGAUAAAGACGGAGAACAUAGGGUUCUGUUUGUUGAGGCGGAGGAUACCGAAGGCGCCAGUGCUAUGAAAUACUACGGUGAUGCCACCAAGCCGCUUGCAGAUUUACCAGUCAACUCAAAAUUCGUGAGGCAACAAGCUGGAUUUACUGGAACUGGACUGAAAAAUGAAAUUCUUUCAUAUUUGGAGCAAGUCAGUGAAGUUCAUGGAUGGCCAAACUGGGUACUGGGUAAUGGAGAUACGGAACGCGUGGCAUCUCGGUUGGGUUCUAAACUAAUCGAUGCAAUGGCUAUGGUGCAACUGCUACUGCCGGGCACACCAUUUACCUAUUAUGGUGAUGAAAUUGGAAUGGAAGACGUUCCUCUAAAAGAGGGCGAAAUACUCAGUUGCCCUACUGGUAAUAAACUGACUGCAGAUUCCCAUUGUAACCAAGCGCGCAGUCCCUACCAAUGGGACUCGUCAAACACGACUGGUUUCACUAAUGCCAGCACGCCUUGGUAUCCAAUCGGCAGUAAUGUUGAUACCAUUAAUGCGAAGGAUCAAAUGGGUAUAACCAAUAGCUACCUCAAUAUCUACCGUGAGCUGGUCAACUUGCGCAAACAGCCAGCCAUUAUGCAUGGAACCAUGAGCUUCCUAAACGUAACGACCGAAGACAUCUUUGCUUUCACUAGAAUACGAAAGGGAGCUCCCGGAUACCUCGUCGUGCUUAACCUGGGCGAAAAAGAUACAUCUGUAGAUUUUUCAAAGGAACCUACCAUCCCCUCAGAGGCUCAGGCUGUACUGCGUUCUUCAACGGCAGUCAGCAAUUCUACAACUAGAGGGAGUAAAGUCGAAACGAAAAGUGUUCCUGUGGGAGUAAAUGAAGGUUUAGUGCUAUCGUUCGUUCCCCAAUAUUAAAAGACAAACAUGGUUAAAUAAUAUCCCAGCCUGAACCAGUUCGUAGUGGAUAUACAAAAUAGAUGGCAAUGACAUAAACGAAGAAA